UUAGGCAGGUAUUCCGUCGCGGGGGCUCGAUCUUGCGCGGUCAGGAAAGCAGGAGGCUCGGUCCCCCGAAGAAUCCCUCCGGCCGAGAGUGAAAAAACACGAUCCCUCGCACCCUGGUGCGUUUGCCGUGCGUGCGUUCGCGAAGUCGCGAUUUCUACGCGAGGUCGCGAGACUACGUAGUUCGCCGAUUUGUGACGAGGUAUCGGGCGCUUGCGCGAGAGACGUCGCCGUCGGCGAGCGGUCUAGGUGCCAUCCGAUCAGCAGUGGGUGAUCGUCGGUGCCCUACGACGGUUCAACGCGUCGUCGACGUCGAUUCUCUCGACGAGACGGAAGAGGCCAGGGGUCCGUGUGUAGCGUGACAGGGAAGAGCAUGCCGUCCACGCAGAACUGUGCAUGACCACCGCGUUCCGUUUCGAGCAUCGACAAGGGUGCCUCGGACACGAAGUGACACGCGAGAUACGCACGCACACCUGCGUACGCGUACGCACGCACGAGCGCGCAGGGGCGACGCAGACAGAGGAGGAGGCUCGUCGCGUGAAAGCGCGCCGAAGGGAUGGCCGACAGCGAGGGUGGUUCCGAGCAGGACGACGUAUCAUUCCUCCGUACGGAGGAUAUGGUAUGCCUGUCCUGUACCGCAACAGGAGAGAGGGUCUGCCUGGCAGCUGAGGGUUUCGGUAAUCGACAUUGCUUCCUCGAAAAUAUCGCAGAUAAGAACAUACCACCGGACCUGUCGCAAUGCGUAUUCGUGAUAGAGCAGGCCCUCUCGGUGAGGGCCUUACAGGAAUUGGUCACCGCUGCCGGCUCCGAGACGCAACAAGACAGUUUAGGAAAGGGCACCGGGUCAGGGCACAGGACCUUGUUAUACGGUAACGCCAUAUUAUUGCGACAUCUAAACAGCGACAUGUACCUGGCGUGCCUGUCCACGAGUUCGUCGAACGACAAGCUAGCUUUCGACGUCGGUCUACAGGAACAUUCUCAUGGUGAGGCGUGUUGGUGGACCGUCCACCCCGCCUCCAAGCAGAGAUCCGAGGGUGAGAAGGUGCGCGUAGGUGACGAUCUUAUCCUGGUGUCUGUCGCCACCGAACGAUAUUUGCACACGACAAAAGAAAAUGACCUGUCGGUGGUGAACGCGUCUUUUCACGUGACUCACUGGUCGGUGCAGCCAUACGGCACCGGUAUCAGCAGGAUGAAGUACGUCGGUUACGUUUUCGGCGGCGACGUGUUGAGGUUCUUCCACGGUGGCGAUGAGUGCCUGACGAUACCGUCGACGUGGAGUCCAGCACCCAGUCAAAACCUCGUAAUCUACGAGGGCGGUAGCGUAAUGAGCCAAGCGAGAUCGUUAUGGAGAUUGGAGCUCGCCAGGACGAAAUGGGCGGGCGGCUUCAUCAACUGGCUGCAUCCUAUGAGGAUCAGGCACUUGACAACCGGACGUUAUCUCGGCGUAAAGGAGAACAACGAGCUCUAUCUGGUCGAUAGGAACGAGGCGACGAUCGAAACGUCGACGUUCUGGCUGCGGCAAGAGAAGGACGAUCAGAAGAUUGUUCUCGAGGACAAGGAUCUGGAGGUCAUCGGAAUGCCAAUUAUCAAAUAUGGUGAUUCUACAGUUAUUAUGCAACAUGCGACGACAUGCCUCUGGGUGUCUUAUAAAUCAUACGAGACAAAAAAGAAGGGGGUUGGGAAAGUCGAGGAGAAACAGGCGGUACUCCACGAAGAGGGUAAGAUGGACGACGGUUUAGAUUUUUCCAGAUCCCAAGAAGAGGAAUCUCGCACUGCCCGCGUCAUCAGGAAGUGCAGUAGCUUGUUUACUCAAUUCAUCACAGGCCUAGAAACACUGCAGGUGAAUAGAAGAGCGUCCAUGUUUUUUCAAAACGUGAACCUCAACGAGAUGGUAAUGUGUCUCGAAGACUUGAUUAAUUAUUUUGCUCAACCCGAGGACGACAUGGAACACGAAGAGAAACAGAACAAGUUUCGAGCUCUCAGAAAUCGUCAGGAUCUGUUCCAGGAGGAGGGUAUACUGAAUCUGAUUCUCGAAGCUAUCGACAAGAUCAACGUGAUCACUUCGCAAGGAUUUCUCGUCGCUCUCUCCGGCGACGAGAGCGGUCAGGCAUGGGAUCAGAUAUCCGGGUAUCUCUAUCAACUACUGGCGGCCAUUAUCAAAGGAAAUCACACCAACUGCGCCCAGUUCGCCAACAGCAAUCGUCUCAAUUGGCUGUUCAGCCGAUUGGGCUCGCAGGCUUCCAGCGAGGGAACUGGAAUGUUGGACGUACUUCACUGCGUUCUAAUUGAUUCACCGGAGGCUUUGAACAUGAUGAGGGACGAGCAUAUAAAAGUAAUUAUCUCUCUGCUGGAGAAACACGGCAGAGAUCCGAAGGUUCUGGAUGUCUUGUGUUCGCUAUGCGUCGGUAACGGCGUCGCGGUACGCUCUUCGCAAAAUAACAUCUGCGACUUUCUGCUGCCUGGAAAAAAUUUGCUCCUCCAAACGCAGCUGGUGGAUCACGUGGCGAGCGUCAGACCGAAUAUAUUUGUCGGCAGAGUCGAGGGCUCGGCUCUUUAUCAAAAGUGGUAUUUUGAGGUGACAGUGGAUCACAUUGAACAGACGACUCACAUGAUGCCGCAUUUGAGAAUCGGAUGGGCGAACACGGCUGGUUACAUGCCGUAUCCCGGAGGUGGGGAAAAAUGGGGCGGAAAUGGCGUCGGCGACGAUUUGUACUCGUUCGGGUUCGACGGCGCUUAUCUAUGGACCGGUGGCAGGAAGACGCAGGUGGUGCAGAAUGCCACCGAGCCUUUCAUACGAAAAAGCGACGUGAUCGGUUGCGCUUUGGAUUUGACAGUGCCAGUUAUAACGUUUACUUUUAAUGGCACUCACAUCAUGGGCUCUUUUCGGAACUUUAAUCUGGACGGCAUGUUCUUCCCCGUUAUCAGUUGCUCGUCCAAACUCUCCUGCAGAUUUCUGCUGGGCGGCGAUCACGGCCGACUGAAGUUCCAGCCGCCGGAAGAGUUCUCGCCGCUGGUAGAGAGUCUGCUGCCGCAACAAAUUCUGUCGUUGGAUCCGUGUUUUUACUUCGGUAACAUGAACAAGGUGGUCCUGGCGGGUCCGUGGUUAGUCGAGGACGACACCGCCUUCGUUCCGGCUCCAGUCGACACAUCCAUGGUCAACCUACCCGCCUAUGUCGAGCAGAUCAGAGAUAAGCUGGCGGAGAACAUUCAUGAAAUGUGGGCGAUGAACAAGAUCGAGGCCGGUUGGAUCUAUGGCGAAAUUAGGGAUGACCUCAGGAAGAUACACCCCUGUAUAGUUCAGUUUGAGCGACUUCCAGCCGCGGAAAAGCGCUACGACACUCAGCUGGCUGUGCAGACCCUGAAGACCAUUUUGGCUCUGGGCUAUUAUAUCACCAUGGACAAGCCGCCGUCUAGAAUAAAAACCUUGAGGCUGCCGAAUGAACCGUUUCUCCAGAGCAGUGGAUAUAAACCGGCGCCGCUUGAUCUGUCUGCGAUCACAUUGACCCCGAAGAUGGAGGAGCUCGUUGACCAACUGGCGGAGAACACGCACAAUCUCUGGGCGAAGGAAAGGAUCAGUCAAGGAUGGACGUAUGGGUUAAACGAGGACUCGGAGAUGAGGAGAAGUCCCCACUUGGUACCGUAUCCGAAAGUCGACGAAGCUAUCAAAAAAGCCAAUCGAGAUACAGCGAGCGAAACUGUUAGGACCCUGUUGGUUUACGGAUAUAUGCUUGAUCCACCUACUGGAGAACAGCACGAGGCGUUGCUUUUGGAGGCCAACAGGUUACGACAAUUAUACUUCAGGACUUACAGGGUCGAGAAGCAUUACGCGGUCAGCAGCGGAAAAUGGUAUUUCGAGUUCGAAGUUCUCACAGCCGGACCUAUGCGAGUCGGUUGGGCGAAAGUCGAUUGCAUGCCGGGAAGUAUGCUGGGCAGUGAUGAAAGUACUUGGGCAUUCGAUGGUUAUAACGUGACUAAAGUGCACGCUGGCACCCACGAGUCAUUUGGUCACAAAUAUCAAGUGGGCGACAUAGUUGGAUGUUUCAUUGACGUGGCAGACCGAACGAUCAGUUUCUCUUUAAACGGAGAAUUGCUGAUGGACGCACUCGGCGGUGAGACUUCUUUCACUGACGUGCAGGGCGACUCUUUCGUGCCCGCGUUCACCCUUGGUGUUGGUCAAAAGGCAAGAUUAACGUUCGGCCAGGAUGUGAACACCCUGAAAUUUUUCACUACCUGCGGUCUGCAGGAAGGCUACGAACCAUUCUGCGUAAAUAUGAAUCGAUUAGUCACGUAUUGGUACACAAAGGAUCAGCCUAUUUUCGAGAACACCGACGACAUGGCCGAUACGCGAAUCGACGUGGCUAGGAUACCAGCUGGUUCCGACACGCCACCGUGUCUAAAAAUUUCCCACAACACGUUCGAGACCAUGGAGAAGGCUAAUUGGGAAUUUCUAAGAUUAUCGUUGCCCGUGAUUUGCCAAUCUAGCUUCGUAACGGAGGGUGAAAAAUUGCGGAGGUGGCAGGAGAUUAAAAUGCGACAGAACAGACUUUUAGCCGAGCAAGUUGAGCAAGCACAACAGGCAGCACCGUCGGCUCGCAUGGAGCAGAUCAUGCAGUCCGGCUUCAGUAUGAGCGAUAUUAAAGGGCUGCAAAGAAAUUAUUCGGAAGACGCGGUAGAGGCGGACGAGAUGAUGAAGGAAUCGCCGCUUCCUAUGCAAAGAGGUAAACCUGCCAGACCGCCCAGGAAAGGUUCACUUUAUGGAUCACGUUUAGACAACGCGAUCAGCGACGCCGAAAUGAAUGGAUAUGGCGAGAUGAACGGUGACAUAAAGGACGACAAGAAGAAACGCGGCCGUUCGCCUUUCCGCAAGCUUAGCAAAGAGAUGGAAGAUGUACCGUUCUUCUCGCGCAAAGCGAAAUCACCGGACGCAAAGUCGAAAACACCCGAGCCGCAAGUUCGCGCGGAUAUCUCGGAUAAAAGUACGAGAACACUCGGAAGCAAAAGUGCCAAAACUCCACAAAUUCGUGUCUCAACUACGGACUUGAAAGUUGUCCCGCCGCAAAUCCCGGAGCGGAACGUUCCCAAAACGAUGUCCGUUUUAACCGGAAGUGGUGUCGAAGCGAUCGGCAAUGAAAUCUUCGACGCUGAGUGCAUGAAGCUAAUGAACGAAUACUUCUACGGCGUUAGGAUAUUUCCCGGUCAAGAUCCGACCCACGUUUACAUUGGCUGGGUUACCUCGCAAUAUCACUUGCACACGAAGGACUUCAAUCUAUCCCGCGUGAGAAAAUCUUCUGUUGCAAUCAUAGACGAAUACGAUCGUCUCAUGGAGCAAGUCGACAGACAAAGCUGCUAUAUGGUCCGAGCGGAUGAACUGUAUAACGAAGUCACUCAAGAUGCAUCGGGCAAGGGUGCAUCUCAGGGUAUGUUCGUCGGAUGUUUCGUCGAUACCGCCACAGGCUGGGUGUCCUUCACCUGCGAAGGGAAAGAGACGAGUCACAAAUUCAAGAUGGAGCCAGACACGAAACUGUUCCCGGCGAUCUUCGUCGAGGCCACCAGCAAGGAGAUACUGCAAAUCGAACUUGGCAGGACCUCGACGACUCUUCCACUAUCGGCCGCCGUGCUGCAGAAUUCCGAACGACACGUGAUACCGCAGUUUCCGCCAAGAUUGAAGGUGCAAUGUCUGAAGCCGCACCAAUGGGCCAGAGUGCCGAAUCAGUCUCUUCAUGUACACGCCCUGAAACUGUCCGACAUCAGAGGCUGGUCGAUGCUAUGCGAGGACGCUAUCUCGAUGCUGGCUCUUCAUAUACCCGAAGAAGACAGAUGCAUUGACAUUCUGGAGCUUAUCGAGAUGGACAAGCUGCUCAGUUUCCACGCGCAUACGCUGACAUUGUACGCAGCUCUGUGCUAUCAAUCGAAUUAUCGUGCGGCGCACGCUCUGUGUCAACAUGUUGACCAGAAACAAUUGUUAUACGCGAUACGAGCCGAGUAUAUGUCCGGGCCCCUGCGACAAGGAUUUUACGACUUACUUAUCGCCCUACAUCUCGAGUCACAUGCGACGACGAUGGAAGUGUGCAAAAACGAAUUUAUAAUACCGCUUGGUCAAGAAUUGAAAGAUUUAUAUGAGGACUACGAGAUGAGACAUAGCCUCAGGUAUUUGGAGACCGAAUCUAUCCGGCCGCAAAUGAAAAUGACAGAGAUCAGGAAUGUCCCUUCCAGUGACCAAGCGAUUGAGAACAUAAAGAACCUAUAUAGCCCGCACUUUCCACUCGAUGUCGUGCGGGAUUACGUGAUGAUGGCGCUCAACGAGGCCGUCGAAGUGAAUCAGGUGCACAACCGAGAUCCAAUUGGAGGCAGCAAUGAGAAUCUCUUUCUACCUCUUCUAAAGCUGGUAGAUAGAUUGCUCUUAGUCGGCAUGCUGAGAAAUGAAGAUAUAAUCAAGCUGCUCAUUAUGGUACAUCCCGAAACCUGGGACCCGACUUUCGAUAAAGAAGGAAAAGACGAGCACAAGAAAGGCUUGCUGCACAUGAAAAUGGCCGAGGGAGCGAAAUUACAAAUGUGCUAUCUGCUUCAUCAUUUAAACGACAUCCAGUUGCGCCAUCGCGUCGAGUCCAUCAUCGCCUUUGCUUCCGACUUUGUUGGAGAAUUGCAGGCAGAUCAAUUGCGACGCUACAUCGAAAUCAAGCAGUCGGAUUUGCCGUCGGCCGUCGCUGCCAAGAAGACCAGAGAAUUCAGGUGUCCCCCGCGCGAGCAAAUGAAUGCCAUUUUAAGCUUUAAGAAUUUGGACGCCGAGGAAGAUCCGGACAAUUGUCCCUGCGGUGAGGAACUCAUUGUCAAGAUGAACGAGUUCCACGGCGAGUUAAUGUCCUACGUGUCCUUAACCGCUCUUCAAGAAGCAGCCAAUGCCGCAAACGAACCAAUUGAGGAAGUUCAAAAACCUGGCACCAUGAAACGCCUCCUCAAUUUUAUUAAUGCUGUCAAGGAACUAGAAGAGGAAUCUAAAAUUGAACCUGAACCCGAGAAAAAAACUCCGGAAGAGGUAUUUCGCAAGGUGCUAAUAUCAACCAUCGUGUGCUGGGCCGAGGAAUCGCAAAUCGAGACGCCGAAACUCGUGCGAGAGAUGUUCAGCCUAUUGGUCAGGCAAUACGACACUGUCGGCGAGUUGAUCAGAGCCUUGGAAAAAACUUAUGUCGUUAACAACAAGACGAAGGACGAUGUCGCGCUGAUGUGGGUCGGUUUGAGCCAGAUCCGUGCCUUGCUACCAGUACAGAUGUCCCAGGAAGAGGAAGCGCUGGUGCGAGAACGACUGUGGAAGCUGGUGAACAAUCACACUUUCUUUCAACAUCCCGACCUCAUUAGAAUAUUGAGGAUCCACGAGAACGUGAUGGCCAUCAUGAUUAACACCCUGGGAAGACGUUCCCAGGCACAGUCCGACGCUCAAACCCAGGCCCAAGCGGCGGAGGGUGAGCCAGCAUCGAAGGAGAAGGACACCUCUCACGAGAUGGUCGUGGGUUGCUGCAGAUUCUUGUGCUACUUCUGUCGCACAUCCAGACAGAAUCAGAAGGCCAUGUUCGACCACUUUGACUUCCUGCUGGAGAACAGCAAUAUUCUGCUGGCAAGACCGUCGCUGCGAGGAUCGACGCCAUUGGACGUAGCGUAUUCCUCACUGAUGGAGAACACCGAGUUAGCUCUGGCCCUGAGGGAACAUUAUCUGGAGAAAAUCGCUGUCUAUCUGUCGCGAUGCGGCCUGCAGUCCAAUUCGGAAUUAGUCGAGAAGGGCUAUCCUGAUUUAGGCUGGGAUCCAGUCGAGGGUGAACGGUAUCUCGAUUUCUUGAGAUUCUGUGUCUGGGUCAACGGCGAAAGCGUGGAGGAAAAUGCCAACUUGGUAAUCCGUCUGCUAAUCAGAAGACCAGAAUGCUUGGGCCCAGCCCUUCGAGGCGAGGGUGAAGGUUUAUUGAGAGCCAUUAUAGAAGCUAACAAGAUGUCUGAACGCAUUGCCGAUAGACGAAAAGUGCACGACGAGGCCGAGGGCACGGCUAUGGUGAUGCAAUUCGAGCACCCACUCCCGGAAUCGGACGACGACGAAGAUUACAUUGACACGGGUGCGGCGAUAUUAAACUUCUAUUGCACCCUCGUUGACCUGUUAGGCCGCUGUGCUCCAGAUUCGUCAGUCAUAGAGCAAGAGGCAUCUACAAAAUCUGUCGGAAAAAACGAGUCUCUCCGAGCCCGGGCAAUCUUGAGAUCGUUAGUACCCUUGGACGAUCUACAAGGUGUGCUGUCCUUGCGGUUCACGCUGCUCAAUCCUGCGGCCGGCGAGGAACGACCGAAAAGCGACACCCCGUCUGGUUUGAUACCAGGGCACAAGCAAAGCGUCGUGCUGUUUCUCGAGCGCGUUUACGGCAUCGAAACGCAAGAAUUGUUCUACAAAAUAUUGGAGGAAGCCUUUCUGCCAGAUCUUCGCGCCGCCACCAUGCUCGACAGAAACGACGGCUACGAAUCCGACAUGGCGCUCGCCAUGAAUCGUUAUAUAGGAAACAGCAUUCUGCCAUUGCUGAUCAAGCAUUCCAAAUUUUACAACGAGGCGGACAAUUACGCGAGCUUACUCGACGCCACGUUGCACACGGUCUAUAGAUUGAGCAAGAACCGGAUGCUGACGAAGGGUCAACGCGAAGCUGUCUCGGAUUUCCUCGUCGCAUUGACUAGUCAAAUGCAGCCGAGCAUGUUGCUGAAGUUGUUACGAAAGCUGACCGUCGAUGUGUCCAAAUUGUCGGAGUAUACUACUGUGGCUCUCAGAUUGUUAACGUUGCAUUACGAUCGUUGCGCGAAAUAUUACGGUUCCACCGGCUCCAGCGGUCAAGGCACUUACGGCGCGUCAAGCGACGAAGAGAAACGUCUCACGAUGGUUCUCUUCAGCAAUAUAUUCGACUCCCUGUCUAAGAUGGAUUACGAUCCGGAAUUAUUCGGAAAAGCGCUGCCUUGCCUGACGGCCAUCGGUUGCGCCCUGCCGCCAGAUUAUUCUCUUUCGAAAAAUUACGACGACGAGUGGUACGGCAGCAAGUCAGCCUCGACUCAAUCACCCGACGGUCCUUACAAUCCGCAGCCAAUCAACACCUCCAGCGUGGUGCUCAAUAACGAUCUUAAUCAAAUUGUACAAAAAUUCUCCGAGCAUUAUCACGACGCCUGGGGUAGCCGUAAAUUAGAGAACGGUUGGACUUACGGCGAGCAAUGGUCGGAUAUGAAUAAAACCCAUCCCAGAUUAAAGCCGUAUAACAUGUUGAGUGAUUACGAACGAGAGCGAUACAAGGAACCCGUCAGAGAGAGCUUGAAAGCUCUCCUUGCGAUUGGCUGGAGUGUGGAACACGCGGAGGUCGAUGUGCCGUCGACCAAUCGCAGUUCCAUGAGAAGGUCUUCCAAGAGUCAAACCGACUCGGCAAAUCCGUUUAAUUACAAUCCUCAUCCGGUGGACAUGACUAAUCUGACGCUAAGCAGAGAAAUGCAGAACAUGGCCGAACGUUUGGCAGACAAUGCACACGACAUUUGGGCAAAGAAGAAGAAGGAAGAACUUAUUACUUGCGGAGGUGGCAUUCAUCCUCAACUGGUACCCUACGAUCUGUUGACCGAUAAGGAGAAACGAAAGGAUCGUGAACGAUCGCAAGAAUUUCUCAAGUACUUGCAGUAUCAAGGUUACAAGUUUCACAAACCAAAUCGCGGCGGUACGGAGACCGAAGUGGCUGGCGCAGUUGCUGCGGUAGAAUUAAGAUUCGCUUACUCAUUAUUAGAGAAGCUGAUAGCUUACCUGGACAAGGCAACGAUCAACAUGAAGCUUUUGAAACCCUCCGACACGUUCAGCCGAAGAAACAGUUUCAAGACCUCGACAAGAGACAUCAAGUUCUUCAGCAAAGUAGUUCUCCCGCUAAUGGAGAAGUACUUUAGCACGCAUAGAAACUAUUUCAUCGCCGUGGCUACCGCUACGAACAAUGUCGGUGCAGCAUCGUUGAAGGAGAAAGAGAUGGUGGCCGCUCUCUUCUGCAAGUUAGCGAGUUUGCUGAGAUCGAGACUCGCCGCCUUUGGCGCGGAUGUGAGGAUAACAGUUCGUUGCCUGCAAGUGCUAGUGAAGGGCAUAGACGCCAAGAGUCUCGUGAAGAACUGUCCUGAGUUCAUCCGAACGUCCAUGUUGACUUUCUUUAACAACACCGCCGAUGAUCUAGGUCACACGAUCCUGAACCUUCAGGAAGGGAAAUACAGUCAUCUCAGAGGCACUCAUUUGAAAACCUCCACGUCAUUAUCGUACAUUAAUAGUGUAGUUCUACCGGUGCUCACUGCGAUGUUCGACCAUCUUGCCGCGUGCGAAUAUGGCAGCGACUUGUUACUUGACGAAAUUCAAGUAGCCUCGUACAAAAUGUUGGCGUCUCUGUACACUCUCGGGGUAGACGCCAGUUUGACACACGACAGAAAAUACCUGAAGACUGAGAUCGAGCGAAAUAAACCUAAUCUAGGCUCCUGCCUGGGUGCCUUUUCGAGCUGCUUCCCGGUAGCCUUCUUAGAGCCUCAUUUAAACAAGCACAAUCAGUUUUCCCUCCUAAAUCGAAUCGCGGAUCAUUCUCUGGAAGCUCAGGACAUCAUGACAAAGAUGGAAUCAAGUAUGCCAACUUUGGAGACCAUUCUCAGUGAGGUCGAUCAGUUCGUCGAAUCCGAGAAGACUUACAACGACGCUCCUCACGUCGUUGACGUAAUUCUACCUCUGCUCUGCUCUUAUUUGCCUUUCUGGUGGUCACAAGGGCCUGACAACGUGAAUCCGACCGAGGGCACCUACGUCAGCAUGGUAACCAGCGAUCACAUGAAUCUGUUGCUGAAGAACGUGCUGAAAUUAAUUAAGAAGAACAUCGGCAACGAGAAUGCACCGUGGAUGACGCGCAUCGCCGCCUACACACAGCAAAUCAUUAUCAACUCGUCCGAGGAAUUGUUGAAGGAUCCGUUUUUGCCCCUCGCCGAACGCGUCAGAAAACGAACGGACACCAUGUUCCACAAAGAGGAAUCUCUUCGGGGCUUCAUUAAGUCUUCCACUGAAGAUACCUCGCAGGUCGAGGCGCAGAUCCAGGAAGAUUGGCAGCUACUCGUGCGCGAUAUCUACUCAUUCUAUCCCCUGUUGAUAAAGUACGUCGAUCUUCAAAGGAAUCAUUGGCUGAGGAACAAUAUUCCCGAAGCCGAGGAUCUGUACAAUCACGUGGCGGCUAUAUUUAAUAUCUGGUCCAAGUCGCAGUACUUCUUGCGUGAAGAGCAGAAUUUUAUAUCCGCGAAUGAGAUUGAUAACAUGGUGCUCAUCAUGCCCACCGCAACGAGAAGACCUACUGCAGUGUCUGAUGGCACCGCGCCUUCCGGUGGAGGCAAGAAAAAGAAAAAACAUCGCGACAAGAAGAGAGACAAAGACAAAGAAGUGCAAGCAUCCUUGAUGGUCGCUUGCCUAAAGCGAUUGCUACCCGUCGGCUUGAAUCUCUUCGCUGGUCGCGAACAGGAAUUGGUGCAGCAUUGCAAAGACAGAUUCCUAAAAAAGAUGCCGGAAUCUGAUAUCUCGGAAUUUGCCAAGACUCAACUGACGUUGCCGGACAAGAUCGAUCCCGCCGACGAAAUGUCCUGGCAGCAUUACCUGUAUUCUCAAUUAGGUCAGAAGAAGGACGCGAUGGAGCCUGUAAAGGCUCAACAGCUGGAAGAUGUUAUCGCUAGGAUCACCGAUAUGGCUAAAGUUUUAUACGGUUUACACAUGAUAGAUCAUCCACAACAGCAGAGCAAGAGUCAGUAUCGAUCAGUGGUGUCGAUCCAGCGUAAACGAGCGGUAAUCGCUUGUUUCCGCCAACUCUCUUUACAUUCUUUGCCCAGGCAUCGAGCGAUAAACAUUUUUGCGCGAACGUAUUACGAGCUGUGGCUACAAGAUGAAAAUGUUGGUCAAGAAGUGAUGAUCGAGGAUCUUACGCAAUCAUUCGAGGAUGCUGAAUUGAAGAAAAUGGAUAAAGCUGAGGAUGAAAGCAAGCCCGAUCCGUUGACACAAUUGGUAACGACUUUCUGUCGCGGUGCUAUGACUGAACGAUCAGGCGCUCUUCAAGAAGAUCCGCUUUACAUGAGUUACGCCCAAAUUAUUUCCAAAUCUUGUGGAGAGGAAGAGGAGGAAGGUGAAGAAGAAGGCGGCGGAGGCGAGGAAGAAGGACAAGCUUCGAUCCAUCGGAGACAUAAAUUUACGAGGCCAAUGCAUAAACUAAUGGAACAAGAAAUGGAGAAGCAGAAGCUCUUAUUCCAUCAAGCUCGUCUAGCAAAUCGCGGCGUCGCCGAAAUGGUCCUCCUGCACAUAUCGGCGUGCAAGGGCAUUCCCAGCGAGAUGGUGAUGAAGACUUUAGAGCUCGGAAUUUCGAUCCUGCGUGGCGGCAAUAUCGAAAUUCAGCGAGGGAUGCUGAACCAUCUGAAGGAGAAGAAAGACGUCGGUUUCUUCACAUCCAUCGCGGGUCUAAUGAACUCUUGCAGCGUACUGGAUCUGGACGCUUUCGAGAGAAACACGAAAGCUGAGGGUCUCGGUGUCGGUUCCGAGGGUGCAGCUGGCGAGAAGAAUAUGCACGAUGCUGAAUUCACCUGCGUUCUAUUCCGCUUUAUCCAACUCACCUGCGAGGGUCACAAUCUCGAUUGGCAAAAUUACCUGAGGACACAGGCUGGUAAUACGACGACGGUGAACGUGGUCAUUUGCACCGUUGAUUACCUAUUGCGAUUGCAAGAGUCGAUCAUGGAUUUCUAUUGGCAUUACUCGAGUAAGGAACUCAUCGACCCCGCCGGUAAAGCGAACUUCUUCAAGGCUAUUGGCGUUGCCAGUCAAGUUUUCAACACCCUUACCGAGGUCAUUCAAGGCCCAUGCGCACAGAAUCAACAAGCUUUAGCGCAUUCUAGAUUGUGGGACGCAGUAGGAGGUUUUCUUUUCUUAUUCUCGCAUAUGCAAGACAAACUAUCGAAGCACUCAAGUCAGGUGGAUCUUCUGAAAGAAUUGCUUAACUUGCAAAAGGACAUGAUUACCAUGAUGCUUUCUAUGCUCGAAGGUAACGUCGUGAACGGAACGAUUGGAAAGCAGAUGGUGGACACUUUAGUCGAAUCGGCUAGUAACGUGGAACUGAUUUUGAAGUACUUUGAUAUGUUCUUAAAACUGAAGGAUCUUGUGGCAUCGCCGAGUUUCCUGGAAGUCGAUCUUAACAGUGAUGGUUGGGUGUAUCCUAAAGAUUUCAAGGAGAAGAUGGAGCAACAGAAAAAUUACACCAACGAGGAAAUCGAAUUCCUCCUGGCCUGCUGCGAGACGAAUCACGACGGCAAGAUCAAUUACAUCGCUUUCAUGGAUCGCUUCCACGAGCCGGCGAAGGAAAUUGGUUUCAAUCUGGCCGUGUUGCUCACCAAUCUGUCCGAGCACAUGCCUAACGAACCGAGAUUAGCCAAGUUCCUCGAAACGGCUGGCUCAGUUCUAAAUUACUUCGAGCCGUUCUUAGGCAGAAUCGAGAUCCUUGGUGGCAAUAAGAAGAUCGAGCGCGUUUACUUUGAGAUCAAAGAGUCGAAUAUCGAACAAUGGGAGAAGCCGCAGAUCAAGGAGUCGAAGAGGACCUACUUCUACAACACGGUGGUCGAGGCUGGUGAGAAAGAGAAACUCGAAACCUUCAUCAACUUUUGCGAGGACGCUAUUUUUGAAAUGCAACACGCGAGCGCGUUGAUGACCGUCGAGGAAAGCAGCGGAAUCGGCAAGGCGAGGGAAUCCUCGUAUACGUAUAUGACCGAGGACGAUGAAGAGAGAAAUAAAGACCCAAUCAGGCGAGGUAUACAAGCCAUCAAGGACGGCGUUUACUUCUUCUUCUACAUGUUCUCGCCGACCAAUAUCAAGAACAAGAUCGCCGAGAUGCAACAGAUGACGAUACCUGAGCUCUUCAUCGGUUUCUUCAAGAUGAUUUUCUACGCCUUCUAUUAUUCCGGCUUUGGUGUCGGCUGCGUGAUCAAAUACUUCAUGAAGCUUUUGUUAACGUUAAUGAGAGGACCACAAGUGGAGCAACCCGUUGUAGUCAAGGAGGAGGAAGAGAAACCGUCGAGACAUUUACCCGCUUUGCCACCGACGCCGGAUGAGUCGAAUUUACAAGUGCAAGCCUUCGGAAUGGAUAUAACGAAAGAAGAAGGAGGGCAAAUAAAGUUGGCACCACACGAAUCGACCACCUCUACGCCGCAAUCUAGUAUCGAAGAGACGGGCGAGAGUACACCCGACGAAGGUGCUGGCGAAGAGGGAGCGAGAGCUGAAGGAGAGGGCGAGCCGCCUGUCACUUUAGCUGAUCUGCUCGGCGGAGAACAAGCCAGAGCGCAAGCUGCUGCUGCAGCAGAAGCUGCGGCGGCUCAACAAGCAGCUAUGGCAGCAGUUGAAGCCGAAGCAAAGCAAGAAACCAUCGCCGAACCUUCCUCAGGAUCGAGCAUUGAUCUGUCAGAAUACAGUCAUCGUGUGGUAUCCUUCUUGGCCAGGAAUUUUUAUAAUCUGAAAGUCGUCGCGCUAGUUCUCGCCUUUUGUAUCAACAUUAUGUUGCUAUUUUAUAAGGUUUCCUCUUUGGCUGACGAUUCGGACGACGAAGGUAGUGGACGAAUGGCGGAUUUGUUAACGGAAAUAUCAGGCGAAGGGACAUCGGGUUUGGCAGGUAGUGGCAUGGAACUAGGCAGCGGUAGCGGUGAAAAUGGUUCGGAAGAGGAAGAUGAGGAGGCUCAGGAAUUCGUGGAAGUGUCUGAGGAUUAUUAUUAUAUGGCUCACGUUAUGAGGCUACUGGCUGCUCUUCAUUCCAUCGUUUCACUCGCUAUGCUGGUCGCGUAUUAUCACUUGAAGGUACCAUUGGCCAUCUUCAAACGAGAGAAGGAAAUUGCACGACGAGUAGAAUUCGAUGGAUUGUAUAUAGCCGAAAUGCCGGAAGAGGAUGACAUUAAAGCGCACUGGGAUAAAAUGGUGAUAUCGGCUAAGACUUUUCCUGUAAACUACUGGGACAAAUUCGUCAAGAAAAAGGUUCGGCAAAAAUACAGCGAGACGUACGAUUUCGAUUACAUCAGCAAUUUACUCGGAAUGGAAAAGACUUCUUUCAGCCAGCAGGAGGAGGAAGGUUCUGGCUUAAUACAUUUCAUUCUACACAUCGAUUGGAGAUAUCAGGUAUGGAAGGCCGGAGUCACCAUUACCGAUAACGCAUUUUUAUAUAGCUUGUGGUACUUCACAUUUUCGAUUCUCGGCAACUACAACAAUUUCUUCUUCGCCGCUCACCUGCUGGACGUCGCGGUCGCGGUCAAAACUUUACGAACAAUUUUGCAAUCGGUGACACAUAACGGCAAGCAGCUGGUCUUGACAGUGAUGCUACUGACAAUCAUAGUAUAUAUCUAUACCGUGAUAGCUUUUAAUUUCUUCAGAAAGUUCUACAUACAGGAGGAAGACGACGGCGACGAGUCGGAUAAAAAAUGUCACCAUAUGCUAACGUGCUUCGUUUUUCACUUGUACAAAGGCGUAAGAGCCGGCGGCGGGAUAGGCGACGAGAUCGGUGAACCCGACGGCGACGAUUAUGAGGUUUAUCGUAUAAUGUUCGACAUCACAUUCUUCUUCUUCGUAAUUGUCAUUCUGUUGGCUAUCAUUCAAGGUCUGAUCAUCGACGCGUUUGGCGAACUUCGAGAUCAACUUGAAAGCGUGAAGACAAAUAUGGAGAGCAAUUGCUUUAUAUGCGGCUUAGGAAAAGAAUAUUUUGACGCGGUGCCACACGGGUUCGACACUCACGUGCAACAGGAGCAUAAUCUAGCAAAUUACAUGUUCUUCCUUAUGCACUUGAUUAACAAACCAGACACCGAAUACACUGGUCAAGAAACGUACGUCUGGAAUAUGUAUCAACAAAGGUGUUGGGACUUCUUUCCGGUAGGCGAUUGCUUCCGCAAGCAAAACGAGACGGUAGAAGAAGAGGCCAAGAAGAAGUAAAAUUAGUUCUGAUUCUGAUUAAAGUGACCAAUAGAAACGAUCGAUCUUACUUAACGAAGAGGACUUUCCUCAUCGAGCAACGUCUUCGAUAGUUCUUAGCGUAAAUUUUUGCUCAUCGAACGAGAGCGCGAGGCGAGCGCUCGUUUAAAAUCAAAUUUCGCAAAUUCUACGUCUUAUCUCAUAACGGCGAAGAGAGGAUUUUUAUCUCGUAAACUUAUGUCUCCGUUUUCCACUUGACAAUUUAUUGUUAUUCCGACUAACUAAUAGACUUUCUGACGUGUGAAUGUAGUGCAUUAAUUGCGUACUGCGUGUAAUGAAGAUGUUCGAACACGGAGAAAUUCGCGUCUGAUAUAUCGGGGGAAUGUAUGAAAUUGAAAAUAUUUUUCCAACUUUGUAAAAAUGAACUGUAUCACCAAAACCGGCAAUUUCCUCUAUUAGAUAGGCAAACAUUGACAAAAGCUCCAUUUCCAUCGACCGGCGGUACAUUGUCGUCGAAUCGAUGGAAACGACGGAACCGACUGCACAAAUUUACAUAUUCAUAAUAGCGUUACAAUAUUGCCUUCUUUUCAUACGUCGGAUAAUCUAUACUUGUGCGUAAUUUUAUGCUGUAUCGCAGUGAUAACAAAUUUGAGAUAUAUGACAUAGUGUAAGUUAAAGUUAAAGAUGUUUAAAGUUUAUAUAAUGUGCAAAUCUCUUUCUGACGGAAAGUGGGAACCUUUUGGACAUUGUAUACGACUGAGCUCACAGUAUAUUCGAGAAUGUCAAUAUAUUGUAAAUAAAAUUCUAUAGCAGGAUUACCUGGUAAUAUAAAUAAAGACAUACUUCUUUA